UUGUCAUGAAUUCGGACGGACCGCUAUGGAAAAAUAACAUCAAAUAUAUAUGAACUGUAAUGGUUAAAUAAACAUUAAAUUUAUGUUAAGUCUGGAAAUGGUGAUGUCCUAAAGUCGUCUUACUGGGUACGAUUUGAAGAUUACCCAGAAGCACUUGUUUAUCAUUUUGCAAAUAUACACGAGUGAGAAUUAAAACUAGUUGGCUGUGUAUAUGUGACUCAAAAGAUUAUCAAUAAACAUGGUUCUAGUUCUUCGAGCGGACGAGUAUGCCUGUCAGAUUUCAACACCGGUUAUUUAAAUUAUUUCGUACUGAAUAGAAUUAGAAAGGUAAAUUUCCAAUAGCAACAUGUAUGUUCGCGCGUAUGAGAAAUCAUUAAUGGUUUAUGACGAGUACGUGGCGCAUAGACACAUAUUACUGAUAGUACCACCAGUUUUGUUGGCAAUAGGAACCAUAGGUAACAUAUUUUCGUUUUGUAUUUUGUUUAAAAACGUUAAGAAGGCAUCAACGUAUAGUUAUCUUAGUGCUUUGGCACUUGUGGAUUUACUUGUGUUAUAUAUUGGAUUAUUAAGAAUUUGGAUUGGACAAUUUACGACAGAUAUUGUAGACACUAACAACAUAUUGUGUAAGGUUGGUAUUUUUCUCGGCUAUGUGAGCAGUGAUGUGUCAGUGUGGCUUAUUGUAGCAGUAACUAUUGAGAGACUUAUAGUAGUGAUGUUUCCGCUCCGGGCCCCGAGACUGUGCAAUGCGAGGAAUGCCCGCAUAUCAAUACUGAUUAUCAUUGCACUGUUUAUCGUAGUAAAUGGCCACUUUCUGUGGUCUGUGGAAUUACACCAUUAUAGUUUUGGAAAGACUGUGAUUUCAAAGUGUCAUGCUAGAAAACUCUUCACUCGUUUGGUGGAAGAUAUGUGGCCCUGGGUGGAUGCUGGGAUUUAUUCUUUCGUGCCUUUCCUAAUUAUUAUGCUUUUUAAUAGUUUCAUAAUUAAGAACAUAGUUUCAGCUAGACAAAAACGUAAUGUUUUAAGACAACAAUCGUCUUUGCGGAACAGAAACGGUGUCAGUAAUCAAAACAGGAAGCAAGGAGAGGCUAGCAAAAGAAUAACGUUUACGUUACUAGUGGUGUCAUUCACUUUCCUUAUCACUACAUUACCUACAAACCUAGUUCUAAUCUUUACAUCAUUUUCGGACGAAGCCGAUAAUGACGACGAUGCCAUAUUUGCAAAACGGAAAUUAAUCAGUACGUCUGCAGAAAUGUUAAUGUACGUGAAUCAUAGCAUCAAUUUCUUUUUAUAUUGUAUGACAGGCAGAAAAUUCAGGGACCAGUGUAAAAUGCUCAUUUUACAUGGCUGUAUGUCACCAUUUACUUCAGUAGUCCGUGGAAAUUCAAACAGGUUCUCCACAAGUAGACUGAGCAUGAGAACAUCAAAGACAGUGGUUGUGAAUAACGAACAUACACGAGAUUUCUGUGCUCGGCUUUAGGUGACUGUAUUUAUCUGACAAACAUUCAUUAUAUGAUCACAGAUAUAAGAGAAAAAAACUUCAAGAUAUAUUUGAAUGGCAUAACUAUUAUAAUAUGGUUAAUAGUCAUUCAAGAGUACAAUAUAUUCAGGUAUAAUGGAGAACAAGUUGAUAAAAAGCAGAGAUGUGAUUUCCUUCUAUUCAACAAUAACAAAAAAUACAUAUGUUGUGUUGUAAAAUGUAUUAAAAUUUGACAGUGAUGUGAAAUAAAUAAUAAGUAACAUGGGAACAAACUAAAAAAUAUAACAUCUCGGCUUAUGCAUGUGUACAAUUUGCAUAUAUCUGCGUUGAAGCACGAAGUACUUUUAUAAAAAAGAGACGUAUUCAACUUUGCAAUUACGGUAAAAGCUUCUGAAAUAAAGUGACAAAUAGCACUGAAUCUAACGCACUUUAAGUGGGUUAUUAAUAUGCUUUUCGCGAGGUGGCACUUUAAUAACGCUAAGAACUUGAAAUGUAAGAACUAAAAACUGCAAAUCCAUACACAAAGCACUUAAAUAGCACAAAUAAAUUUAGGAAUGAAAAAUACAUUUUUUCAUGACGGAAUUUCUAUAAAAAAACAACGUUAUUCUGAUUUUCUUUGGUUUGUCGUUUUCAAUUAGUUUGAAUACAAUGUGUAUAUUCA